GGCACAAGGCCUGUACUGUUGCAGGUUAGUUCAGUUGAGCACCGCUCUCCAUGGCGCUGAGCCUUCGCGCCGGCGCGUCCUACGCAACCGCACCGCCGCGCCCCCGACGACGCGUGGCGUCGUUCCGCGCCACAGCCUCCACCCCGGCGCUAAACCGACGGCGCCGCCCGCAGAACGUGUCCGGCGAGUUCUUCGUCGACCACCGGUGCAUCGACUGCCAGACCUGCCGAUGGAUAGCGCCCGAGGUGUUCAAGAGGGUGGAUGGGCAGGCCGCCGUAGCAGCGCAGCCCAGCUCGGAGGAGGAGAGGACCAAGGCCCUGCAGGCACUGCUCUCUUGUCCAACUGCCUCAAUCCACACUGAGAAACCUCCGGAGGACAUUCUUCAAGUGCAAAACAUGUUUCCUCUCCCCAUCGACCAGAAUCAGCUUCCAGGUGUUUAUCUUUGUGGUUACCAUUCUGAGGACUCGUACGGGGCAACAUCUUAUCUGGUAACUCAUCCAGAAGGAAACAUACUGAUUGACAGCCCAAGGUAUACUCCAAAGCUGGCGAACAAUAUUGAAAAGCUUGGUGGAGCGCGCUACAUGUUUUUGACCCACAUUGAUGAUGUGGCAGAUCACAGGAAGUGGGCUGAGCGGCUAAAAUGUGAAAGAAUCAUUCAUUCCGGAGAUGUAGAGGAGGUUACUGCAGAUGUUGAGUGGAAACUUAAUGGAAAUGGACCAUGGAACAUUGGAACAGAUUUUGUACUUAUCCAUACGCCAGGCCACACGGAAGGCUCGGUCUGCUUGUAUUACAAACCGCUGAAGGUGCUAUUCACUGGAGACCAUGUUGCAAAAUCAGAAGAAUCUGAUGAUCUGAAUCUCUUUCUGAUAUACAGCAAGCAAUCAGUGAGCCUGCAACUGGAUAGCAUUAGGAAGCUAUUAGAGGUAGACUUCGAGUGGCUUUUACCUGGACACGGCUAUCGAAUCAGGUACAAAGAUGUACAAGCCAAGAAUUCAGCUUUCGAGUCCCUCCUAGCUAACUACACGAGCUAGGAGCAUCCUAUGAUCUCGACCUUCAGUGUUCAGAAAUGAGGAUUCCGGGAGGCAGGAGGAUCUGCUGCUGCUACUGUUUUUAGAGUUCUACCCAAAAUAGCAUCCAGCUCUCCUGGAUGUACAAGGCUUGAAAAUGCUUUUCUUUUCAGAGAAUACAAUAUGUAUGUAAUAUGGCUGUAAAUUGUGCCUUUUGUCCGACAGCAUCGAGCCUACAAAUCAAGCAUAUGUAACUGUCUGCAAAAUGUUUUUCACAGCUUUUCUCAAGAAGUUUCUGCAA